AAGAAAUGGAGUGGGUCAACUCUCAGGAUGUGGCGCUGUGUUGUGGACUAAAGGAAAGCUAUGUAAAAGGGGACUGUGCAUUUCCAUUGUUACGGUUUAGCCUUGGGGAUGCGUUGCAACAAGCUACAAAGAAAACGCCUGAUGACGUUGCAGUUAUAUAUGCAGACGGUGAUAUUCAUGUUACAUUCAGUGAGCUGACAAAUCAAAAUCCUCUUCAAUAACUGAUAUAUUUUAUGCAAGCCUUACGUAUUUUCUCGAAUCCUCUCCAAUAACUGAUAUAUUUUAUGUGAAAUUAUUGGCAAGUGGUUUGCUUGCGCAAGGUGUUACCAAAGGCGAUGUUAUCCUUGUUAAUUGUGGCCAUGGUUCAUCAUUCGCUACUCUCUUUUACGCCAUCGUUAGCAUCGGUGCAGUAUUUGUCAUGCCUUACGUUUACGAACCAAAGCAUCACUGUCUGAAAAAGAUCAUAAAUAAUGCAUAAAUGAGCUAAACACGUCAAUAACUGAAGCACUGAAGAAGAUCACGCCAAAUGUUCUUGUAAAAAGUGGAUGUUUAAACAAAUUUGAUAAUGAACCUGAACUUCCUUCACUACGUGCAGUAGCUGUAUAUGGUGAUAAUGGAGACAUAGGAUUGCUAGAUGUUUUUGCAGAGACCAGUGCAACUGAUGAGCAAUUGUCAGUAGUCCAAAGUAUGGUACAACCCGAGGAUCCUUGUAUUAUAUUUAUGUCUACUGGAACAACUGGAGAACCAAAAGCAUCAUUGCAUCGACACAGUAGCCUGGUGAACACAGCAUACUUUGGCCAUCUUCGUAGAAAUCCUCAAGGAAGAGUUGUACUGGGUGUAGAGAAUCCACUCCAUGAUGACUUGCUCUGUGUUCGGAGCAUAGUCUCUACAGCAGUUAAUAGUAAUGUUACAUGUGUUGUUACUCCUGUCAACAAGCAAUGCGAAGGAGCUAGUGACGUAAUUGUUGACGCCAUGGAGAAGUAUAGGGUAACACAUGCCGACCUUUGGCCUUACAUGUGGAAGGAUAUGAUUCUUUAUGGUACAAUAGAAGGGCAUGACCUGACGAGUUUAAAAGGGGGAUUGACAGGUUCGCAAGCAUUAGGUGCUGAAUCGGUGAAAGCAUUUACAACCCUUGUACCAGAAUUAAUGAAUGUAUAUGGGUCAACAGAAUCUAACACUAUCACUGCAAACUUUAAAGACGAUCCUAUAAUGGACAGGAGGCUGGAAUCUAUUGGAUUUCCGUCGGCACAUGUAGAG